AUGUGGAAUAGGCACCGGCUCGAAGUGCAUACUAGAUCACCGUCUUUCAACCCUCAUGCUCCUUCGUUCAGUCCGUCCUCGUUACGUCGCAGUGCAGCAGAAAAAGUGAAAAGUCAGAAAGCAACCCGUUUCCAGGCCUCAGUAUCGCAGGUUGUAUCGUUUGGAGAAAACGAGUGGCCUUCUCUUCCACCUUCUGGCCCCGACAAAGAACGGAAAGCAACUCCGCAACACGCCCAAGCAGACCCUAAAGUUCGAACAACAACUCACCUGGAGAUGAUGCCGACUCAUCCCCACAUCUUCUCAGGCGCCGUCCAAGGCUCGGAAGGUGAGCAAGUAGACAGAACCCAAGGACUAUUCGGCCAAAUGCGUGUAGACCACGGUGGCGUUCAUCCUCAUCACCAAGCACCGUACUUUAGCAGCCAAAUGGCACAAUCAAAGGCAAUUCCGAACUUUGAGACACCGAAAACGCCUCGAGGUAUGUAUAGAUAUCCGCCCAGAGCACGGGUGGCACUGACCAGAGAAGCCAUGCAUUCUCCUCGUAGCGUUGCCCACGGCCAAUAUCAUGACUUCGGACACUACCCUGGACCCCCUCAGUCUACUCAACCUGGUCUGUAUCCAAGAGCACGCUUUGGAUCUUUGCUCACACCUCAAGUAGCCCCAUCAAUGCCGUUGCAGACCUCGGUGCCAUCAUACCGUCCUAUCUUCGAGACCCCGGAUCGAUUCAAUAGCAGUGGCUAUGCUGGACCUGGUUGGACACCAGGUUCGACUACACCACUUUCACAGCGUAUCCACAGCUCUGAAAGCAGCAGACAUGGGGCAUUUACAUUUCGAAACCCAUCACCGCAGCGUCAUUUCGAGGUCCCCAGUGUCCCAAACCAAUUUCACUCAGGCGAUACAUCAUUCUCACCAAUGCUGCCCAAGGUACGAGUGGAUGAGUCCCAAAAGAACCUGACCAAGCAUGGCUCAUUCAAUUCCCCCCAGCUACAGCACACAAUGGCAAAUGGCGCCACACACAAUCAAUAUCACAUUGUGCCCAAUGCCCCGGCAGCAUACUCCGCCUCUCCAUUCCGCUCCACUCCAGGAACGACUAACCGACAGAACAACAACGGUCGCCGAAGGGGGGAGCGUCCCAAGAAAUUCCCACGCAAGCAGCCGCCGCGCUCAAGGCGUACGGACCAGGGUCCGAUGCCAUCUGACGCAGACAUCUACCCGGACGAUAGCUUCGAACAAGUCGAGGGGGGCUUUAAAGGGUCUCUUUCCAUUGAAUCUCCACCUACGGUGCAUCGUGUGCAUGGCUUCAAUCCUGCAACGCUGGGUUAUGAGCAGGCUGUGGUACCUUUCACUCCCCAGAACAACCCUAUGGCUAAUGCGCCCGUCGCUCCUGUUCCCAGCCUCAUGGACGCAAACAUCCCAGGAUAUCUGCGCACUCCUUACCCAGUUCCGCCUACAAAGGGAGAUCUCGAGGCAGAGCCGAUCAACGACAUUCAGCCUUCCCCGUGCGACGAAACGCGCGCGAACGACAGCCUGGUGGUUACUGGAGGAAAGUCUCACAUCCAGAUGCUCGCACCCGCUAUUGCUAUUCAUACUGGGGACCCGAACUCUAGUGCUGCCCGUCAGAAGGGCUCCUCGACGCUUCCUUCCCAGCGAGCGCUCAUGGCAGACCAAGCUGAUGGAAGCAGGUACGGCUUGAACCACGGUGGUUUGGGUCUGACUACCUUGGGAGAUUCUUGGAAGCCUCCGGUUUUGGACGGAAGGUUCGCAGCGGCAAAGAGUCUUUGGGAGGAUCGCACAGAGUAUGUUAGUCCAGCACCGGUCGACAGGCAGUGGCAGUGGCAGCAGCAAGCGUGCGCAUGAACACAUUGCGGACGACCUCAUUGGCGUUAUCCGGCCGCUCGUUGGAAUGCUUGAAUCAUACAAUUGAGUUGGCACGGAAAAGAAAUCAUUUCAUGGGAAUGGCUCUUUGAUAGCCUCGUAGGUAGAACUCAAGUAGUUUAAGCACCAUCUGUGCUCCCGA